AUGCCUCAACUUCUCCAGGCCCUCCGCCGGUCCAUCAAAGGCGAAAAGGACAACGCCAAGAUCAACAUUGCCCCCAAGUCCGCUGUCGCCAUCGUCCCCCCCAAAAAGGUCAUCCGAGCCCUCUACGACUAUGAGGCCCAAUCCGGCCAGGAACUGAGCUUCUCCCGAGGUGACUUCUUCCACGUAAUCGGCCGAGAAAACGAUGCCGAUUGGUACGAAGCAUGCAACCCUGCGUUGCCCGACGCCCGAGGCCUCGUGCCUGUUGCCUUCUUCCAAGCCUUGGGCCGAACCGAAAGAGAUAGUGGCCAGUCUGACGGCGGCGCCAUCCCCCGGCCGCCAACCAUGUCUCCCACAAUCUCCAAGAACCCUGAUCACGACUCCGGCUAUGCCGAAGCUGCGCCGCCUUCUGGGGCCUUGCAAUCGCCGUCCCUGAAUCAGCGCAUGUCCCGGACCGGAAGUAGGGGCGGCGCCAUGGUGUAUGGCAUCGUUAUGUACGACUUUGUAGCAGAACGGGCCGACGAACUGGAGGCCAAGGCUGGCGAAGCCAUCAUUGUCAUUGCGCAGUCCAACCCCGAAUGGUUUGUCGCCAAGCCCAUCGGUAGACUCGGCGGACCUGGUCUGAUUCCAGUUUCCUUCGUUGAGAUUCGCGACAUGGCCACGGACACUGCUGUUGGAGACGCCUCGAAUGCCAUCAAGAAAGCGGGCAUUCCAAAGGUUGAGGAAUGGAAGAAGAUGGCGGCCGAUUACAAGAAUAGCAGCAUCACGCUGGGCAAGUUCGACAACGGUGCAGCGCCGCAGCAAGGAUCUAUCGAGCAAGACAUGGAGCGCAUGAGCAUUCAACAAGGCAGCCGCACAAGUUCGCAAAACGGCAACAACUACCAACAGCAGCAGCAGCAACAACAACAACAACAGCAGCAGCAGGCUGUCUAUCAGCGUACCUCUCAGCAGGCCAGUGGUCAGCCCAGUCCUUACGCCAAGCCAGCGUCACAGCUGUACGCACCUAUUUCAGCCCGUAUUCCGAGAUACUGCUUUGCUGAGGACAAGUACUGGUUCGUCAUCGAGGCAGUGCUUGAGGAUGGCCGUCACUGGGAGCUGUCCAGAUACUACGAAGACUUUUAUGAUUUCCAAAUCGCCCUACUGACCGAGUUUCCGGCCGAGGCAGGGAACACCGGGACGCAGAAGCGCACUCUCCCAUACAUGCCAGGUCCGGUCAACUACGUUACCGAUGCCAUCACUGAGGGUCGCCUUCACAACUUGGACGCCUAUGUCAAGAACCUCCUUGCACAACCGGCCUAUAUUGCAAGAUGUACCCUUGUCAAACAAUUCUUCGCUCCGAGGGAGGGUGAUUAUGAAAUCGACCCGAAUGCGCCCAACGACGAAUACCGAUUAUCAGGUGGCUCACAGCCGUCAUCAACCGACUCGCCGGCAGAUGCGGCAUCACGGCAGUCGUCCAAGAACAACCUGAACGGCAACGGGUACGGCGGCCUGUCUGCUGCACCACAGCAGCAGCAACGGGCAAUGGGCCAACAGGGCAUGAACCGACAGCCAUCGUCGCUGUCCCAAUCCCAGCCGCCCCCUACGCCUGGUAUUGGCCAAGGACAGGCCAUGAAGAUCAAACUUUACUUCAACGGUGAUCUCAUCGCUAUCCGAGUCCCGACGGACAUACAGUUCCAGCAACUCUACGACAAGAUUGUGGACAGACUCAAGAUUGCCGAUGGUGAAGAGAUCCAACUCUUCUACAAAGACGAGCCAACCGGCGACAAGCCCAACUUGAUGAGCGACAACGACCUUGAUUAUGCCUUGCAAAGGAACGAGAAGCUCCUGCUAUAUGUGGAGCAAGUCUAA